UAAUAUCUGCGAAUCAAAUUCGGUGGUCAAAGUAUAUUAAUCAGUCAUAUAAUUAGAGGAACUUGUUGAUAAUUUUGCUCGCUCCAGAAGGCGAAUGCACACAAUAUCACAGAUGAUAUCCAAUUUUAUAUUAUUUGGGCCUAAAACUUUCUUACAUUUUCAUCUGAACUCGUACGAAAGAUAAAACGAGCUGUGAUAAACAACCGUUGAGCAACUAAUUAUUUUUAGCAGCGUCAAUCUUGUUUGCAUAAUAUUCGAAUAACGUGACAUCACAAUUGAUUUUUACGAUACUCAUAAAAAUUGGUUCAUUGUGUUUCUGUUACAAUAAAUUAAAUUCACUCCGAAUAGAUUUUCUGAAAUUCAUUUAUGACGUUGAGACGAAGGCCUGAUAUCAAGUGUGAUCGUCAUCGGAAAAAUUAAUUAAAGUAAUAUGAAAUCGCCAGCUACUUAUUGGGAUUAAAACGCGACGCGUCAUUGAUUUGGUUCAUUUAUAAAUUCAUAGGUUAUAUUAUAUGUUAUGUAUAUACAUCUGUCAAAAUCAGCUGAUUCCGAGCUCAUGGUUAUAAGUUCAUUCAGCAUGGACACCAACGUUAAAAACUUUAACUCUAGCUACUCGAAAUUGCUAAUUAAUUGUAUUUCAAACGCGUUGAAUUGUAUCUAAUCAUUGUGAAUAAGAUUAGUGAACAUUUGAACAACAAUAGGAUACACGACACACGUCGGAUGUUUGGUGACUUCGAUCUAUUGAGAGUUUCUAACGUCUAACUUAAUUGUAAUAACGCAAACAAUGCAAUAAUUAAUCCAACGAUCUAUGAUUUUCGGUGAACUAUGUCACGUGUUAGUGGUUACUUGGGUUAUGAGGGUUAUGAAAUUAAAAUGAAUGUGGGUGAAAAUCAUAAAUUAUUUCAGGAAAUCUUUAUUACAUUUAUUUGAUUUGAUUUAAAUCUUGUUUUUGCGCCCUUCGUCUCAAAUUCAGGGAUUUUGAUGCCCGCAUGGCGACUCCUGUCAUCAGCGGCCAUUUUGCUGCCUUCACAUCUGACAUGUCUAUCUAAUGUUAUUAUCGAUGUAUACUCGGUUUUGUGCUUGCCUCUACAAUUCAUUUAGGGUGUGCAUUUGGACUUAGGAGUCGGUGUUUUUGAGCUUUUCGUACGACCGAAGGGUGGGCCAAACGUAUCUCUUUCACCCACGACCUUGGCAAGGCGUCCAGUAAAUAAAUACAUCACACCAAGUAUCCUGCUAAAUUUUCAACCCCCGACUAUUUUGGAGAUUAAUUUUGAUGAUAGAAAAAAAAAAAUGUUUCAACUAACCCAAAGCUUGCACGAGGGUCGACUAGCUUCUUGUGUCAAAGUGCCUUGUGUUCCUAAUUUAAAUAAAAAGUGAACAUAACCAAAAAUCAGUGACCUGCCCCAACGUAAGGUGUUUGAUGUCAACAACAGCGUAGCAGCAAUUGUUAACUCAAUGAUGAUCACUCUUCAUCUUGAACUUAAUAACCUUGCAUCAUCGUCACAUCCAAUCAUAGAUUUGGAACACAGCAAUUGAUCAGAUCAAAUGUGCACAAAAUAUGUUUGGAUUGAAUGCAGGUUGGCUAAGCCUCUCUUCCAAGUACUAUACUCUUAGAAUAAGCUUAUGUAUUGCUCACUUAUCGUCGCUACUUAUUUGCUAGUGCAAAGAUACACAAUGUGUCAUGCUACAUACUUAAAAUAAUUAUGACAACUUCUAUUGUCCUAUAGAAACCAUCGCAAGGAAUGAAGAUAUUCUAUGAACAAUCUCAUAAAGCCAAUCUUUGUGAUAACGUUUUUCUUUUACUAAAUAAAAAAGACUCCUUCAGACACAUGGCGUAAACCAAGUCCUGGCAUAGGACAGAGGUCAAUUUGGAUAGUUUGGGGAUGCAGGACGAACGAAGAGAAGUAGUAAAAGCAUUCGGCGAAGUCUCCUCGCCCCCUGUGCUCAAUCAUGGACAAUAAGUUGAAAUUUUCUGAUCGGCUAAAGGCCCUGCUCAAAACUGAGUCCCGGCAAGAAGUUGAUCCUUAUGUAUUCAACGAACCAGAGCCCCUUGCCGCGAUUAACAGCAGGAAUCUUAAAAACACACCUUCAAAAAAUUCCAAGCCCAGUCUGAAUCAUAAAACAGUGAAAAACAACAGGGCUAAAGGUAAAUGUACAAAACAGAGGAUUAAAAUGGAGCCAGGUGCACUAAUAACGUCCAGAAUUGCCUCGGAAAAAGAAUCUGAAGUAGACGUGGAGGGCAAUGCUCGAGGUUUGGAACUCCGGCUUUCCAACACAGUGCGAAGAAAACAGAGGCAUCUCGAAAAUUUGUUGAGGCUUAAACCGAGGAGACACAGACGAGAUCACAUGCUGUUGUAUUAUCCCAGAGCAGGGGAUGAGAUGUCAGACAGUGACUCCAGUGGGGAUGAAACUGCGGUGUAUCAGCGUCACUGGUUUUCUGUCGAUACCACCAGUGGGCUAAAUCGAUCCGCUCGAUUAUCGCAGCUGCGGUCUCAGCUCAGACGAAGGUUGGCGCAGUUACGGAAAAACCGACCUGAUUCUGAUAAUCAGUUGCAAGAGAAAACGCAGUGCCUUCUCGAGGCGGCGUGGAGAGACCCAGAAGCCACAGCUAGAGCUUUGUACGAUUCGCCAGGAAGCAGUAAAAGCGUUGAGAGUCCCCUUUUAGUCGGAACUAUGUGUGGUGUAGAGGGAUGCUGCCAAAUAUCUUUACCAUGUACCCGCCACUGCUCUCGACACAUCAUGAUUAACGGGGACCAGCUUCUUUUCGAACAUUGUACGGCAAAAUUCAGUGACAACACCCAGUGUUGCAUACCUGUUUUCGACGUAGCCCACGAGUUACCGCUUUGCCCAGAGCAUGCAAGGAAGAGAGACAAUUAUCACCGUAAAGCUCAGGAAUCAAAACCGAAGAAGGCACGAAAAAAGCCCUCGUCUCCAACAAUAUCGAGACCCAAACCCAAAGCCAGGCCCAAAAAACGAAAGCGACCCUCAUGCAGUAGGCCCGAUAAUAAGAAUUGCAACGCUAUUCAAGAUCAGAAUCAUUACGUUAAUCAGAUUGGAACGACAGAAAAUCACACAAAAACUUUGAAUAAUUUAAACGCAUCACAAGGAACCUCCCACUCUUCUGGUCUAAAUCUAGGCCUUGGCCUAGGAUCGUUAGGUCUCGGCGCAGGGCUGAAAGUUGACCUAGGGGAUCAUGAAGUAUUCGCCUCCCUGGAUCCAGCUGAACACGAUUUUGGCAACGUUCUCAAUAACUUGCCCGCUGAUGCGUUCAAUGACUUAUUUAUUGAGAGCAGAAAUGGGGAGUACGAGCCUUCAAGAGAAGAGGAAGAAGAGCUGGAGCGGGCUUUGGAAGCAGUGGAUAAAGAUGUUCGCAAUUUAGAGCGCAUGGGCCAGAGUCACGGUCUAUUAGAACCUGCUUUGCUUGCCCAGCUCAUGUCCGACAUUGCUUCGUAGCCCCCUCCACCCCUCGCACCUCAUUAAUGCAACCCUGAAAUGAUUCGGUUCGCCCGUGUUCCUUAUAACGUAGAAAAAAUGCUGUUUGUGUCUGUGCUCGAGUAUGAAAUAUUGUACUACUAACUGUGGAUGUUUAGUUACUACUUCUUCUGAGUAUUGUUAAACGAUUGGCUGAAACGAAGAUCUAUGAAAGAGUACGAUAAUGGCUCUGUCUAAGAAGUGCGAAUAAGGGAAUGUACUUUUAUCACGUUUUGGGUGUAUUUCACGACCAUUCGAGUCCUAGUAAAAUUCAUGUUAUUUUUCAUCCACUUCUUCAAAGUUUUUUGACAAAUCUUGAGGUAGAAGGUAUUUCGAAUGAACGCAAAAAUUGCUUGGAAGUUACAAUACGAAUUCCCUUUUCUUUUAUUACUAUCAAUUACGAGUUACUCAAGAGAACAAACAUCGUACGAUUUAUGUUCGUUAGAGGUAAAGAUUUAUCGUCUUAAAAUUGUUACUGAUUUGAAUCGCAGCAGCGCGCCGUUGCACAGACACACGACUGAAUUAAUAAGAAGCGUACCUCAUAUACAUACACAUCUGUUUUAUCAAUCGUAAUUCAUGCAUCAAAGUGUUAUAAUUGAUAAUUAAAUUGAACGCAUAACGAUCAAUUCUUUCGCCAGAUCCACGCUGUAUUAUAUUCAUCUAGACAAUUAUUAAUUAUAUUCGUUAGUUACAAUGAAACAAUAGCAUAACAAUGAGGAAAUUUGAAUGGAGUUUCAAGUUGCAAGGAAAAAGAAAAAAAAAGUAUAUCGCAACGUUUGUAAAAGCAUAGACUUUUACAGCCAUUUUUCAAUUAAAUAGGCAGUCGAUAAUAACGUUUUUUUUUUUUAAUUUUUGUUUUUUUUUCCUAGUUUUAAUUAUUAUUAUUAUUUUAAGUGGGGAUCAAACUUUCAGAAUUGUUAGAUAGUCACUAUUUAUUUAUUUGAAAAAUCUGCUAAAAAAAAUUGAUGUGAGCUAGUUGAUUGAACUUGUGAACGCUGCAAUUGGCGGGACAAAGUUUUUAUCAAUUUUGUCUAGUAAUCAAAAAAUUGUACAGCAAUUACGAUAAAUUUUGAGGUAUUCGAAAAUAUCUCCUGUAGACAGUGAUUCGAGUAAUUAAUUAACUCAACGAGGCGUAUUGAGGAAAAAUUUCACUGUACGAAGUAAAUAUGUUGCCCGUAACUGAAAUGAUGUUGAGUAACAGCAAACUCCAUAUUGGAAGUUCAAUAUUGCUGUAUCCUUCUCGUAAAACUGUUAAUAGCUAUAUCAAAUUAUAUAGUUAGCAGUUAGGGGUAUACUUAAAUCAUCGUUUGUGGGGAAUAUGAAAUUUCAAAUGUGAACAUAGUACCAUUCUUCGCUGCUCCUGAUGUACCUAUAUGUUAAUGUCUUGUAACAUAUUAUAAUUACUACUCUGAUUAGGCAGUACCAAUUACAAUAAGCAUAUUUUUCACAUCGCCUCGUAGCGCUUAGUGAUAAAUCUCCCUUUUUCUCACAUUUAUUUUAUAGAGAAAAAAAUUCAAAAAAUAUGAGCCAAAACAAAAAAUGAAA